GACCUCACUAUGUAGACCAGAUUGGCCUUGAAUUCAUGGGGUACCUGCCUUUCACUGAUUUUUCAUUGCUGUGUUGAAUGUUGUGUGUCGCCAUACCCAGACAAUCACAGCUUCUUAAACCAGGAUCUCAACCACAUCUGGGAUCACAUACCCGAAUGUGAGGUUAUGAACAAUCAGACGACAGUAAACGGGUUCUGAGAGUAGAAUAACUCCAAUCAGUUGAGAGCCAGCAAAUCCGGUAUGUGAGGCAUCUCUGGCAGUGCUCACCACAUCAUUGCAGGCAGCCCUGGUUCUGCACAUGUGCACUUUGUUUGCCAUCAGAUUCCAUGGCAACAGCUCUGGAAACAUCCCACUCCAAGAAACGUAAUGCUUCCGUUACAGAACAAAGGUGUUUAACAUUUUUCUACUGACAUGUCUCAGCAUGUAAGCAUCUAAUUAAUAAUUUUGGAUAGUAUUUUAUUAUGAUGCUAGGUUGAAAAAUUGCUUUUAGAGGACUGGCAAAAUGACUUAGUGUUUGGGGUACCUGCUGCCAACCCUGGAGAACUGAUAGCAGUCUCCAGAGCCCACAUGGUGGAAGGAGAGAACCAGGUACCCCGAGUUGUCUCUGACAUUAUGGCAGCACACACAUUCAAUAAAUAGAUUAACUAAUUAAUAAAAAACGACUUCUCUUAGAGUUGCUGACUUGGGUUUUAUGAGAAAUUGUUAAAUGAAUUUGGCUUGAGAUUUUGAACAAUUUCUGAAAUGGCCAUAACAUAUGACAUUUUGUGCUAAUAUUUAAGUGAAGCAACAUUAUCAGCCCUGGCAACUCUAAAUCAUUUCAGUGAUCAACUCUGAAAAAGGUUGAAAAUUCUCUAUGUUUUUACAGUACCAAAAAUUCAGACAAUAUUGAUGUUUGAAAUUUUUUUUUACACAUCAUGGAUUUGGAGGUCAGUCAAAGGAGAAUUUGUGGACUUUUCUUUCCUUGUACUGCAGGGUUCCAGAGGUGAACUUGGUAGUGAGGCCUGACAGCAAGCACCUUUAGCCAUAGAGCCGACUCAGUAGACAAGACAGAUUGAGUUCGUGGUGCAGAAAGGAACAAGCACAAGAACAUCUCAGUAUUCAGAUUUACUUUUGUCUUUAACAAAUGCUAGAAUUCUAUGUGUACCAAAUAAUAGUUUUUAAAUGAAAUCUUGAUUAUUGUCUGUAAAUGUUGUUGUGUAAAGUGUCUUGGGUGAACAAGACUCCCGAGCAGAUGGUGUGAGCCUCGCAUUAGCUGUCCUCUUGCCACUGUUGCCCCCACUGUCAGGCUGCAGGACGCGUGGGUCCGCAGGUACAGAACGUGGACCUCAGUUCCUGUGUAACUAGUAAAAGGACUACGAGAAAUAGUGUCAUGUCAACCAGUCACACGGGUCAGUGGCAUGCUAAGGUUCUGGCUUUUCUUCCUCCAGAUUGUAAGAUCAUGGCGGGGAGGAAUCAGAAUCGAAGUGUUUCCCUCCCAGGAAUUCAGGCCAGUGGCCAGCUACAUACUUUUGGGAAUUGUACAGACAAUGAUGUGUUGGAAGAAGAUGCUGAAGUGUAUGAACUUCGGUCCAGAGGAAAGGAGAAGGUUCGAAGAAGCACAUCGCGAGACAGACUUGAUGACAUCAUUCUAUUAACAAGAGAUAUACAGGAAGGGGACACUCUAAAUGCAGUCGCCCUUCAGUAUUGCUGCACAGUAGCAGAUAUCAAAAGAGUUAACAAUCUCAUCAGUGAUCAAGACUUUUUUGCCCUUAGGUCUAUCAAAAUUCCAGUGAAAAAGUUUAGUUCUUUGACUGAAAGUCUUCAUCCUCUGAAAGGAAGACAAGGUUCUCAUCCCCCAGCCGUUGCAUUUGCUCAGGAGCAGGACCCUGUGCCCACGGAGGACUCUCUCUCCUCCAGCGGGUCAGCUGGCAGUUUCCUGAAAGAGGUGGAUCGAGACAUAGAAGAACUGGUAAAGUGCACAGACACCAAGAAGGAGAACCUGAACGAGGUAGUGUCUGCCUUAGCAGCACAACAGGUCCGCUUUGAGCCGGACAGCAGAAGCACUCACAGAAAGGACCCAUACUAUGGAGCCGACUGGGGAAUUGGCUGGUGGACAGCGGUAGUGAUAAUGUUGAUAGUGGGUAUAAUAACACCAGUAUUUUAUUUGCUUUAUUAUGAAAUUUUAGCUAAAGUGGAUGUUAGUCACCACUCAACAGUGGGCUCUUCACAUUUGCAUCCAGGACUCACGCCUCCAUCGCAGCACAGAGAAACGGGAAAUGGACUUGUUCCAACAAAAGGAAUCCGUGCUGGUCAACAAGAUGACCACAAACUGUACAGGCAACAUUCUCAGUCCCCUGCUGCUCAGCACAAAACAUAGCAGUGAGCCUGCUCGGUGCGAUGAUCAUGUGUGCAUAUGGAAUGCGGUGGUUCAGAGAUACCAACAACAGCCUCUCAGACAGACUCCAGGAACAUGGAAGAUGCCUUGUUCUGACCUUCCUAGGAGUCCCUGAGCCUUUUACAGAUGGACUGUCUGUAACACACACGAUUGCUUCAUGUUGAGAGUGGUCAGAAUACAUCUGCUGUGUCAGUUCUUAAAGCAGAAAUUAAUUUAAAUGUAUUAAUUUAAAUGUAUUCCUAGGAAUUAUAACUUAGAAGAUGCUGUCAUUUUUCUUUUUCAAGAUUAGUUAUGUUUAAAUUUAUUUUUUAAAAGAUUUUUUAAUUUAAGGUUGUUCAUGUCAAGUGUUUCAAAUGCUUAUAACUGAAGAAAAUUCACCACCAUACCACCAAAAAACUUGUAAAAGUUUGAUUCUAAAAUUAUUUAUGAUAACAUGUACUCAAUACUCAAUUUUGAAAUUUAAAAACAUGUUUUAACACAUGCUAUAAAGCAGAUGUAGAAACAGAUAUGGAAACAUAAUUUAUAAUUCCUGUAAUAGAGGCUAACAAAUUUUAAAUAUAUUAAGACCCCACCAUAAUGUCUUUGGGUUGAAAAUGUAACCAUUUGAUUUGAUCACAAGGCACUGAAGUAGUCAGGACCCAGUCCAUGGAAAGGAUGCUCUAGGAACAGCCCUCUAACCUCACUCCCACUUAGUAAAACUAUAUGUGUCUGAUACUUAGAAGCACUGUGCAGACAGAAAAGCAUACUCAGCAAGUUGCUCUUUAUACACUGUGACCAAUCACCGCUGGUACAAAUAGUAACAUGCCUUAAUGACACGUAGUGCCUUACAGUGUCACCUUACAUGAGUUCAUAACACUUUACAGUCAAAGUGGAAACACUGUCAGAUUUCAUUCCAUAGGCUCUGUACAUUUGUCUGUCUUCACCUUUAAGCAUAAGUUAAUGGAGUCAAACAAAUUGCUACUAUCUGCCUCUGAAGUCAUGCAGAAAAACAUGACUGAUUAAGCAAAAAUGAAUAAACAGGACUUUUACAUUAGCAGGAGAUAGAUUACUUUAUGUGUGGUUCCUUGACCUCUGCUUUUCAAAAAGAAAAUGUCCAGUUUAGAUUAUCCCCACCUAAUAUGCACCCUCAAAAUGAGAAACACAGGUCAAAGUUGUGUUGGUUAAUCAAAAGGGCUUAAUAGUGACCUUUUCUAAUUCAACUGUGAUACAGCCAAUUUGGUCAGGAAGCAUCUGUAAACUGAUUUCAGUGUUUAAUUUUAAAUAUGUGUCUUUAAAAUAUAAGUACAGGUGGUAGAAUCUGGAUUGCAUGUUUUCUGUAUAAUAAACUGCAUAUCUUAAGAUAUGUUUUAUCAUCUCACUUUCUGGACAUUAUUUCCUAAAUGUUUCAGCUUUUAAACAUUUUGUAUAUCAAAUUCCAAUCCUGAUUCAGGGAAUUAUUAAUACAUAUUUAUUAAUACUGGGGGCAGGUUAUAUACUUUGAGAAGAAAAAGCACUACAAAAAGACGCAAAAGUCAGCCAUUUUAAAACCCUUACAUAUAUGAGAGUUUAGAAAAUUACCUUUAAAGUAUUUAAUAAUAGGAAAGUUGUAGUAAAUUGAUUCCCUUCAUAUAUCUUAGUUAAAAUAAUUUUUGUCUUAACAUGUCAUGUGCAUUUUGAAAUGAGCACAAUCUUUAAUUAUGCCCAGUGUUAACACAGACAGUUUACAUAAUAUUUAUUAAGCCUACUGAAAAAUUAAAUUUUAGGGUAGAAAAUGAAGACUUCAGGGCAGCACAGGCUACAUAACCUCCGAAGAACUUUGUUUACAUCAAACAUAAAAUCACAGAGUUGGCGAUUCUGUCUUGCUGAUUUUACUUUGGAGUUGUGAUCCGGGGUUUGAGAAUUGUGUUUAACGGAGGAGAUGUUGGUUACAAUCAUGUCUGCCUUGAACAUCCAUUUCGAAGGAACUACAACACACAUCCUUAGGAAACAACCAACCAAUUUUCUUUUCCUAUAUAUUUUAGUAUUACUAAUUGAAUAUAAUUCUUUAUGUAGAAUUAUGCUUUUAUCUUCAAAAGAAAAAAAAUUUAAGCAUUUAGUAGAAUUUUUGAAACUAUAUUAAAUACACAUUUGCAAGUGUAUGCAAUUUUUUGACAACUGCAAACUCAUUGUACUCUAGACAACAUAAGCACAAAUGUCAUUGAUGCUAUGGAUCAUGUUCAAGCCCUUACUUGAGCCCUUAAUUUGCUUUGAGGCUUUAACAUGCGUGUGUGUGUGUGCGUGUGUGUACAGUUACAAACAACUGAGUCAUAGUCAUUAAUAUCAGUUUGCUUAAAAAUUUGGAAUUGCAAGUAAAGAAAAACCUGAUAUUAGGUCAAAUUCUUGACUCGUUAAACACUAGUUAGAGUUUGUUUUGAACCAAUGGAUAGCUACUUAAAUAUCUUCACUAUCCUCUCUGCAAAAUAAAAUUAUGGUCUGCUGGCCUUGUUACAGAUUAGGAAGGAGCGUGCAAUCUCAAGUUUUUUUUCCAGUGGAGUUUGAGUGUUAACUUUUUUCUGGACUGUGCUUUUUGGUGGUGAACCACUCUUUAGUAACUGAUUAUAUCUCACUGGAAAUGUGAAGGCUGUGGCAAGAAAAGGAAGCAGAGAUCCACUCUCAGUGCUAGAAUAGGAUUGAGUUAUUUAAACACUGCAUUAUCAUGGGACUAUGAUUUUUGAAUUACAACAUUGUUGCUCAGGAAAUCAGUAUUUCUAAGUAUGUGCAUAUUGCACUGUUAGAUCAUAGAAAUAUAUGAAUGCUUUAUUUAAUUCAUUUUAUGUAUGCAAAAGCUAUAAAUCCUUUAUAUAAUGUGUUUUAUAUAAUUGCAAAUGUAUUAAACCAUUGUAGCAUGUAUAUCUGUAAAACUGGUUUUUAAACUUUUUGCCUUUUCAUAAGGAUAUGCAAAAUGUUAAUAAAGUUUCUAUUUUAUUAAUCA